UGACAAUUCUUCAAAGCGAUAGUAUUAAACCCAACAACUUUAGAGAUCAAAAAGAUGGUUUCUUUGCAUUUUGGGAUUUUUGAAGUUACAUUUGAAAGUAACUCCCCUUCAGAUAUAAAAGAUUAGCCAUAUUAAAAAUUAGUAGAAAGCAAAAGAGGUUACCAAUAACAGAGCCGAGGAAGUCUAUUUUUCCAUCGGAAGACACGCUGGAAACCUAAGUAUAUUCCUUCUUCGCCCAGGAUGGCAUUCAAUGGAUGCUCCCUAUAAUCGGAUUUUGAAACACUGUAGUUGUUUUGCUGUCCAAUUCUUUGUGAUCAUUUCUUGUAGAAGUCUGACUUCACACAGUGAAGAUACAGUUACAAGGAUCCCAAGAACACAGCCCCAAUAAAAGUCUGAUAGUUCUUCUUGUUGUUAGAACUCAUGGUGAACUUCUGAGAGAACAUGUCCAGACUCUUCACAAUCUGAAAUGUUUCGGAACAAGGCUUUACUAGUAUUG